AUGGCUCCCUCAGCAAUGCCAGGGUCACCCCUGAGACAAAGUGCCUCCCCCCAAUACAAUGGCAACAGUCAGAACGAAUAUUCUGUCCAAACAGCCAUUUGCAACUUCCGUGGCUACGAUCAUGUCACUUGGUGGGUAGGGAAUGCCAAGCAGGCGGCUUCCUACUACAACACCCUCUUCGGGUUCAAGACGAUUGCCUAUCAAGGGUUGGAGACAGGUAAUAGAUACUUCACAUCGUACGUUGUCGCCAAUGGAGACGUUCGCUUCGUCUUCACAUCCCCAAUCCGCUCGCAUGCCCACCUCACUCCAUGUGACGAGAUAGGAGGAGUUGAGAAAGCGUUGUUGAAGGAUAUGCACGACCAUCUCGAGAAGCACGGCGAUGCUGUCAAGGAUGUUGCCUUCGAAGUUGACGAUGUCAAGGCCGUAUACUUGACGGCAAUCGCUGGCGGUGCCGUGGUGGUUUACGAGCCUGAUACAAUACACGACAACGAAUAUGGCUCUGUCGAGAGAGCCGUUAUCUGCACCUACGGCGACACGACACACACCCUGAUCUCACGAGCCUCAUACACGGGUCCCUUCCUCCCUGGCUACCGUGCGCCCUCGUUGGCCCCCUCGUCAGUGUCCUUGCCGCCUAUUAACUUGGCCUGCAUCGACCACUGCGUUGGCAACCAGUCCUGGAAUGAGAUGGUGGAGGCAUGCGCCUUCUACGAGGAAUGUCUAUCAUUCCACCGCUUCUGGAGCGUGGACGAUUCGCAGAUCUGUACCGAGUUCAGCGCACUCAACAGCAUCGUCAUGAGCAGCGCCAACAAACGUGUCAAGAUGCCCAUCAAUGAGCCGGCACCAGGCAAGAAGAAGAGUCAAAUCGAGGAGUUCGUGAAGUUCAACUCGGGCCCUGGCGUGCAGCACAUCGCUCUAUUGACAUAUGACGUCCUCUCCACUGUGGCUGCCAUGCGAGCCCGAGGUGUCGAGUUCAUCAACGUGCCAAGCACGUACUACGAUACCAUGCGCGCGCGACUCAAGACGGAAAAGCGCGAUUGGGAACUGAAGGAAGAGUUCGACGCCAUCGAGCGCCUCAAUAUACUCAUCGAUUACGACGAGCAAGGCUAUCUCCUGCAGCUGUUCACGAAGCCGCUGUUGGAUCGCCCCACGGUCUUCAUUGAGAUUAUCCAACGUAACAACUUUGAGGGGUUUGGAGCGGGUAACUUCAAGAGCUUGUUUGAGGCUAUUGAGCGAGAGCAGGCUGCGAGAGGUAAUUUGUGA